AUGCAAAGUGCUUUGUUAGCUUGAAUUUGGAAAACAAGAGAAGGAGGGACUUUCGUAAAUUGAAAAAAUAAUGGAUUUACUUCUUUAUUGGGUCCUUCAGUUUACAAUCUUCCUGUUCCUUUAAAUUUAAGGAGAAUGUGGAAUUUUGGUUCUUUACUAAUUGUGUGUUUAAUAUCUCAAAUUAUUAGUGGAUUACUUAUAGCUGUUCAUUAUACUCCAGAAGUAGAUCAAGCUUUUCAUUCGGUGGUUCAUAUUAUGCGGGAUGUAAAUGGUGGGUGAUUUCUUCGGAGGAUUCAUGCUAAUGGUGCUUCUGUAUUUUUUUUAUUAAUUUAUUUUCAUAUGGGACGUGGGGUUUAUUAUCAUUCAUUCCAUAUGACUGGUACUUGAUUAGUUGGGUGUUUGAUUUUUGUCAUACUAAUAGUAACUGCUUUUACUGGGUAUGUUCUUCCUUGAGGUCAAAUAUCCUUUUGAGGUGCAACUGUUAUUACUAACCUGUUUGGUGCUAUUCCUUAUGUUGGUAAUAUAUUAAUAGAGUGAAUUUGAGGAGGUCAUUGCGUUGGUGAUGCUAGUUUAAAACGAUUCUUUGUUCUUCAUUUUCUUUCACCUUUUAUUAUUUUGGCUUUAGUUGUGGUUCAUAUUGUUUUUCUUCAUAGUACUGGCUCGAGAAACCCUAUAGGAAUCGAUAGAGACGGGGAUGUGGUUCCUUUUCAUAGCUACUAUUUUUUAAAAGAUCUUGUUGGAAUGGCUUUAAUAGAAGCUUUAUUAAUUUUACUAUGUUUAAUGAAACCAGACUUAUUCUUAGAUCCAACUAAUUUUAUUCCUGCUAACCCAAUAAAAACACCUGUUCAUAUUCAGCCUGAGUGGUAUUUUUUGUUUGCAUAUAGAAUUCUUCGAAGAGUACCAAAUAAAUUGGGUGGUAUUAGAGCUUUAGCCGCUUCUGUUGUUGUUUUGUUCUUUUUACCUUUAUACCCAAAAACUGUUUUUCGAGGUGUAAGAAUAAAUAUGGUAGCUCAGGUUAUGUUUUUUGCGUUUGUUGGUAAUUUUAUUCUGCUUACAUUUAUUGGGAUGUGCCCGGUAGAAGAACCAUUUAUUAGUUUGGGAGGUUUAGCUAGGGUGUUUUAUUUUUUAUUUUUUGCUGCUUACCCACUUAGUUGGUUUUUAUAUGAGUAUAUUUUUAUAAUAAGUUAUAACGUAGUAUCAAUUACUAGUGGUUUUAGAAGGCAUAGUUUUAAAUCUUUAACUGUCUAA